GUUUUCCGUCCUUCUCUUUCACCGUCUCCGCUCUGCUAUUUAAAGCAAACCCUGCAGUAAAUAUAACCGGUGUGAAAAAGGAGAAAGCACGCGUUAAAACGGCUGUGAGACUUGUUGCAGCGCGUUAUCGUGUAAUUUCCACUUGAGAAAAGGAGUGGCGACACGCAGGGGAGGGGUGAAACGGUGGGAGAAAUAUACAAGGCGUAUGAGGAAGUUAUAAUAGCUAAGAACAACGGGUCUCCACAUCAGCCGAGCUGCAGGAUUUUACGCUUUAAAAAUGCCUCCAAAGAAAGUCUGCAUCGUCGGAUCUGGAAAUUGGGGCUCCUCCAUCGCCAAAAUAAUCGGGCACAAUGUCAAAGGAUCUAACCGCUUCGAUCCAAUGGUGAACAUGUGGGUUUACGAAGAAAUGAUUGAUGGCAGAAAGCUGACAGAGAUUAUUAAUACGGAGCACCAAAACGUCAAAUAUCUGCCGGGUCACACGCUGCCCAGGAAUGUGGUCGCUGUUCCCGACAUCACAGAAGCCGUCAAAGGAGCAAAGAUCCUUGUCUUUGUCAUCCCGCACCAGUUCAUCAGCAAACUCUGUGAUCAGAUAAAACCUCACAUCACGGAGGGAACCAUCGGGAUAUCACUCAUCAAAGGCAUCGAUGAGGGACCAGAUGGGCUUAAACUCAUCUCAGACAUCAUCCGAGAGAAACUGGAGAUCGAGGUCAGCGUCCUGAUGGGGGCCAACAUCGCCAGCGAGGUGGCAGAUGAGAAGUUCUGCGAAACCACCAUCGGGGCGAAAAAUGAGGCAAACGGCCUCAUUUUCAAAGAGCUUCUUCAGACUCCCAACUUCCGCAUCACUGUAGUUCAGGAGAGUGACACAGUGGAGCUGUGUGGAGCCCUAAAGAAUAUUGUGGCAGUAGGUGCCGGAUUCUGCGACGGCCUCGGUUUUGGCGACAACACCAAGGCGGCGGUGAUCAGGCUGGGUCUGAUGGAAAUGGUCGCCUUCGCCAAGCUGUUCUGCAAAGGCGAAGUGAGCUCCACAACCUUCCUGGAAAGCUGCGGUGUGGCCGACCUCAUCACCACCUGCUACGGGGGACGAAACCGCAAAGUCGCAGAGGCCUUUGUCAAAACGUCCAAGUCUAUUGCUGAGCUGGAGGCAGAAAUGCUCAACGGGCAGAAGCUGCAGGGCCCACAGACCUCAGCUGAGGUCUACAAGCUCCUUCAAAAGAAGGACAUGGUCAACAAGUUCCCAUUGUUUUCUGCCGUCUACCAGAUCUGCUUUGAGGGUAAAGAGGUGAAAGAGUUCAUCACCUGUCUGCAGAACCACCCAGAGCACAUGUGAACACAUCCACUGCUGCUCCUUCAAUAGCAACUCACUGCCACUCGAGGGCGGAAGAGAUUCAUGAGACAGAAACGCACAAUACAACAAAACCCAACCAAGAGCACUUUUACUCUAUUUUUAUCAGUGACUUUUCGUAAUGGAGAUUUAUUAGCUUUAAAAGCAUUUUUUUAAUUAAUUUUGCUCUUAUUUUGUAAAAAUCUUUUAAUUUAGCUGGUAGAGUGGGUUAAAGAACUACUUUUAAGGCAGAUCACUGUUCUUUUUAUUGCCAAAAAAAAGCUAUAAUUUUGUAAAGGAGUACUUAAUGCAAUCCUGUUUGCCUGAUGUACCUUUCACUACAUGACAGUUUACAAUCGCAGAUUUAAAAAAGGAUUUUUUUGUCAUUGUGUGUUGUUUUCUCAAUAAAAUCAAUGUAUGAGCAAUGGAAA